AUGAGGUGUACUUCUGAAGAUGAAGGGGAAAUAAAGAAUGAAGAUAUACUUAAAUGCGAACCCGGAUUUAAUGAAAACCUUGCGACAUCAAUGUCAGUUACCAAUAUCCAAAUAUGCAAUACUGAAAAGUCUAGAUUCGAAAAGUGCGAACCUUCGUUAGAUAUGCAAUUAUACCGAUGUAGAAAAUGUAAAUAUGAAACCAAGCUUGAAGCGAAUAUGGAAAGGCAUCGGUUAAUGCACAAAAACUCUACAAAAAUUCAAGUGUUCAUGUGUGAUAUGUGUAGCUACGAAACUAAAUAUAAGAGUUAUUUGAAAGUGCAUCAGUUACAGCACAGAGACGUUUCAGAAAUCCAAAUAUACAAGUGCGAUAGGUGUAGUUUUGAGACUAAAUAUAGAAAUUCCAUUAGAGCUCAUCAGAUAACCCACAAAGACACUUCCGAAAUUCAAAUAUACAGAUGUGAUAUGUGUAGUUACAAAAGUAAAUACAAGAGAGUUCUAAACAGACAUCAGUUAACACACAAAGACCCUUCGGAAGUCCAAAUGUACAUGUGUGAUUUGUGCUCUUACAAAACUAAACUUAAGAGUAAUCUAAGCAGGCAUCAGUUAGUGCACAAAAAUAUUUCAAAAAUGGAAACGUAUAAAUGUGAUGCUUACGCUUAUGAAACUGAAGAAAAGGGAAAUCUAAACGACCAUCAGUUAAAGCACAAAGACCCCUCAGAGGUCCAAAUGUACAUGUGUCAUACGUGUCCCUACAAAACUAAACUUAAGAGCAACCUAAGUAGGCAUCAGUUAGUGCAUACAAAUAUUUCAAAGACUGAGACGUACAAGUGUGAUGCUUACGCUUAUGAAAAUAAAGAAAAGAGAAAUCUAAAAGACCUUCAAUUAAAGCACAAAGACCCCUCGGAAGGCCAAAUGUACAUGUGUGAUUUGUGUUUUUACAUAACUAAAGUUAAGAGUAAUCUAAAGAGGCAUCAGUUAGUGCACAAAAAUAUUUCAAAGGCGGAAAUGUACAAAUGUGAUGUCUGUCCUUAUGAAACUAAAUACAAGAGAAAUCUAAAAGGCCAUCAGUUAAAGCACAAAGACCCCUUGGAAGUCAAAAUGUACAAAUGCGAUGCCUGUAAUGGGGAACCAGAUAUAGGGAUUAUUUUUUAA